AUGGAUCAUCUCGCCUCCCUCCUCAUCCUUCUCUUUCUCCUAUCCUCCGCACUCACCUCCGUCGCAGUUCCCAACGACGUCGACCCUCUCAUCCAACAAGUCGUUUUGGAAUCCGACGACGAUCAGCUCCUCCACGCCGAGCGCCAUUUCUCCAGCUUCAAAGCCACCUUCGGAAAGACCUAUGCGACUCAGGAGGAGCACGACUACAGAUUCGGCGUCUUCAAGGCCAACCUCUGUCGCGCCAAGCGGCACCAGGCGCUCGACCCUACCGCGGUCCACGGCGUCACCAAGUUCUCCGAUCUCACUCCCAAGGAGUUUCGCCGGAACUUUCUCGGACUCAAACGUCGCCUCUGGCUUCCGGCCGACGCUAACAAGGCCCCGAUACUUCCCACUGGUGAUCUUCCCGCCGACUUUGAUUGGCGCGACAAACCUGCUCGUCCUUCUCGUCCUUCUCGCGAGCCUCGCGUUCGGCUUCGAUGA